AUGAGCUCUAGAGCAUUAAGGAGAUUACAAGAUGAUAAUGCUCUGCUAGAGUCGCUGCUAUCGAAUUCAAAUGCGAAUAAAAUGACGAGUGGUAAAAGUACUGCCGGUAAUAUUCAGAAACGGGAGAACAUCUUCUCUAUGAUGAAUAACGUACGUGAUUCAGAUAAUAGCACUGAUGAAGGACAAAUGUCUGAGCAGGAUGAAGAAGCUGCUGCUGCUGGGGAGCGUGAUACUCAAAGUAAUGGUCAACCUAAAAGAAUUACACUAGCAUCCAAGUCUUCUAGAAGGAAAAAGAAUAAAAAGGCAAAAAGGAAGCAAAAAAACCAUACCGCCGAGGCUGCAAAAGACAAGGGUUCCGAUGAUGAUGAUGAUGAUGAAGAAUUCGACAAGAUUAUCCAACAGUUCAAAAAAACUGAUAUAUUGAAGUACGGUAAGACUAAAAAUGAUGACACUAAUGAGGAAGGUUUCUUCACGGCAUCUGAACCAGAGGAAGCAUCUAGCCAACCUUGGAAGUCAUUUUUAAGCUUAGAAAGUGAUCCGGGCUUCACAAAGUUCCCCAUUUCAUGUUUGAGGCAUUCUUGCAAAUUUUUUCAAAAUGAUUUCAAGAAAUUGGACCCCCAUACGGAAUUCAAACUUUUAUUUGACGAUAUAUCUCCAGAGUCUCUUGAAGAUAUUGAUUCGAUGACAUCCACACCUGUCUCCCCUCAGCAGCUGAAACAGAUUCAGAGACUGAAAAGAUUAAUUAGAAACUGGGGCGGAAAAGAUCAUAGAUUGGCACCUAAUGGCCCCGGAAUGCACCCGCAACAUUUGAAGUUUACCAAGAUCAGAGAUGAUUGGAUCCCAACUCAAAGAGGUGAGCUCUCUAUGAAACUUUUAAGUUCUGAUGAUCUUUUAGAUUGGCAAUUAUGGGAAAGGCCGUUAGAUUGGAAGGAUGUUAUCCAAAACGAUGUCAGUCAGUGGCAAAAAUUCAUUUCUUUUUAUAAGUUCGAACCUUUAAAUUCCGACCUGAGCAAGAAAUCAAUGAUGGACUUCUACUUAAGUGUUAUUGUUCACCCUGAUCAUGAAGCCCUUAUAAAUUUGAUUUCUUCUAAAUUUCCGUAUCAUGUGCCUGGACUGCUACAAGUUGCUUUGAUAUUUAUUAGGCAAGGUGAUAGAUCAAACACUAAUGGAUUGUUACAAAGAGCACUCUUUGUCUUUGAUAGAGCUUUGAAAGCAAAUAUUAUUUUCGAUUCCUUGAAUUGUCAACUACCUUAUAUAUACUUCUUCAACAGACAGUUUUACUUGGCAAUAUUUAGAUACAUCCAAUCUCUUGCUCAAAGAGGUGUUAUAGGAACUGCUAGUGAAUGGACAAAAGUUCUCUGGUCACUGAGCCCAUUGGAAGAUCCUUUAGGAUGCAGGUAUUUCCUCGAUCACUAUUUUCUAUUGAAUAAUGACUAUCAGUACAUUAUAGAAUUAUCCAACUCUCCAUUAAUGAACUGUUAUAAACAGUGGAAUACUUUAGGAUUUUCCUUGGCGGUAGUACUAAGCUUCCUAAGAAUAAAUGAGAUGAGUUCCGCCCGCAAUGCGCUUCUAAAAGCCUUUAAGCAUCAUCCUUUACAACUGUCAGAACUUUUCAAGGAGAAACUCUUGGGCGAUCAUGCGCUAACUAAAGAUUUAUCCAUUGAUGGCCAUUCGGCAGAAAACUUGGAAUUAAAGGCAUAUAUGGCCCGCUUCCCGUUACUUUGGAAUAGAAACGAAGAGGUAACAUUUUUGCAUGAUGAAAUGUCGAGUAUUUUACAGGAUUACCAUAGAGGAAACGUUACAAUCGAUUCAAAUGAUGGGCAAGAUCACAAUAACAUUAACAACUUGCAAUCACCUUUCUUUAUUGCGGGAAUCCCAAUUAACUUAUUAAGAUUCGCCAUACUAUCUGAGGAGUCUUCUGUAAUGGCUGCAAUUCCAUCAUUUAUCUGGUCUGAUAAUGAAGUAUAUGAGUUUGACGUAUUACCACCAAUGCCUACGUCAAAAGAAUCAAUCGAAGUGGUUGAAAACAUCAAAACCUUUAUUAAUGAAAAGGAUUUAGCUGUCCUUCAGGCAGAAAGAAUGCAAGAUGAGGACCUGUUGAAUCAAAUUAGACAAAUAUCUUUGCAACAGUACAUUCAUGAAAAUGAAGAGUCAAAUGAAAAUGAGGGUUAA